CAAAUCUGACUCGCCUUAGCAAAUAUUUUGCUGAAAGUGCUGAUAAAAGUGAGAGCAAUACAAAGGCCAGAGUAAAUAGCUAUGUAUCCCGGAUGAUUACACUAGCAGUCACCGCUCACAGAAGGUUUGUCCUCGUGUAAAUGUACUUUUCUUGUAAAUUCGUUGUAGUCAAACAGGUUUUUCCACUCUGUCGUCACACGCGUACCUGACAAGGGAUCCUGUAACCGGAAGUUACCCAGUUUGUUGUUACCUGCGCCGACUUCUCAGGUGAGAGGCGUCGCUUUUUGUUACUGGUGGUAACGUCGAUACAGAUAAGGGUAUUGUUGAAGACCGACACCGUCGUGUACCAAACAAGGACCAAACUAGCCGACAUGUUUGUUACUUUGGUGGUUUCGGUGGCUUUGUUCAUUUUCACUUCGACAGGUGUGAGUGGCUUUGAUGUCACCACCUCCACUCCAGAUGUGCGGGUGAAGGAGAACGAGGGGACUGACCUGAAAUGCAGUUAUUCACCCGACUUUGGUGCCUCUGCCAGACUUGAGUGGAAAUUUCACGACAUAAAAGGUUCCCAGACAUAUGUGGUUUUUGAUGGGACACCAACAACAUCAUAUGCUGGCCGAGUGACAAUGUAUGAGAGUAAUCUGAGGAUGUCCAAAAUUACCCGUCAAGACAAUGGAUUGUAUAGCUGUGAGGUGUCUGGAAAUGGCAAGUUUGGGGAAGCCACUGUGAAGGUGACUGUUCUGGUGGCUCCAUCUCCACCCGCGUGUAAAGUCCCCAGCACAGUGACUACGGGCACGUACGUCCUCCUGUCCUGCAAUGAUCCUGAUGGCUCACCUCCUCCCACCUAUAGCUGGUACAAAGAUGGCGUCCUUCUGCCCUCUGAUCCCAGCAAGGUUUCUGGCUUCAAGAAUGCCACCUACAAGCUAAAUCCACAAAAUGGCAACCUGGAGUUUCCCAGUGUAGCCAAGGGUGACUCGGGUCAGUACUACUGCUCAGCUGUCAAUGAUGCUGGUCCUGCUCAGAGCUGUAAACCCAUGCAAAUGGAAGUUCGUGACUUAAACAUUGCAGGAAUUGUUAUUGGGGUAAUACUGCUUCUGCUGCUAUUGGCUGUACUGGGAUUUGUCAUUUGGUAUCUCUGCAAGAAAGGAUACAUUUCCCCGAGAGGUCAAAGCAAGUCAAAGCCUAAUGUAGUCUACCAGCCCCCAACAUUGCAUCGUGAUCUUGAUGAUGGGGAAUUCAAACAGAAGUCGUCAUUUGUGGUGUAGUGUGCAAGCAGAAGUCAGUAUACCUGUGGUUUAAAAAUUCAGCUUGUUUCUGAAGAUUUUAGCGAUCUCUUUCUGAUAUUUUACUGCAGAUAGAUUCACACUUUUAUGUGUUUAUUAAAUGUGCUGUGACUACUCAGUUUUUCCACCUCUUUGGAGUGUUUGUGUGCUACCCAGUGGCUGUGUCUGCUAAUAACAGAACAGUUUUUUUUUUAAUUAUUAUUCAAAUAAUUCAUCUGAAUGUUAACACAUCAAGUCAAAGGCCGCACAGAUACUCCCAGUAAAACAGAUGGAAUUUCCUACAGUAUCUGUGUAUCUACAUCGA